ACCCGGGCUCCCUGCAGCCUACCGUCCCGGGGGCGGAGGGGAGGGGCCCGCUGAGACUUUAUUUCCUCGAGCGCCGGUGUGGCCGCUCCGAGCCCGUCCUGCGCUGCGCUAGCCCUCCGGUGUUCAUGCAGCCCCGCCGGCAACUGCUGCUGGCGCCCGGGCCCGGAGGCCCACGCCCCACCGCCCCGAUGUUUGCACUGCUGCUGUUGCUCGCCCUCCAGGGGGCGGCGGCGGCGCCCGCGGGUUUCGCGGGGUCCGCAGGGUCCGAGGACUCCGGGUGGCGCCAAGACCCAGAGCUCCAGAGCGGGCUCCUGCAGCAGGCGGCGCGCGCGGCGCUGCACUUCUUCAACUUCCGCGCGGGUUCGCCCAGCGCCCUGCGAGUGGUGUCCGCGGUGCAGCAGGGCCGCGCGUGGGUUAAUUCAAAGAACGAACGUAAAGUUGACCUGGUGUUCACCACAGAGCGUUAUAACCCAGAGGAAGGUGAGGAACGUUUGGGGAAAUGUUCUGCUCGAGUGUUUUUCAGGAAUGAGAAACCCAGACCGGCCAUUAACAUCACUUGUACGCGGUUUGUUGAGAAGAGCAAAAGACAACAAGAGGAUUACCUGCUUUACAAGCACAUGAAGCAACUGAAAACCCCCUUGGAUGUAGUCAGCAUACCUGACAGUCACGGGCAUAUUGAUCCCUCUCUGAGACCCAUCUGGGAGUUAGCUUUUCUUGGAGGCUCUUAUGUGAUGUGGGAAAAGACAACGCAGUUCUCGCACUACUACCUGGCACAGCUCAGCAGCCUGAAGCAGUGGAAAACAAAUGACAAUGCAAUUGAUUUUGAUUAUACUGUUCUACUCCAUGAAUUCCCAACACAGGAAAUCAUUCCCUGUCGUAUUCACUUGGUGUGGUACCCUGGCAAACCACUUAAAGUGAAGUACCACUGUCAUGGGCUGCAGACACCCGAAGAAGCCUCUGGAAUUGAAGAAGGAUCAGCUGUGGCACCGACAGAGCUUAGUAAUUUCUGAACAGAAAAAAAGUCUGCUUAUCCCAAAUUCUAAACAAAAUGACUGUACUAAGUAGCCUAAAUCAGUAUUCUACUAAAAUAGCUAAGGUAUAAGGCAUUUUAAUAAUUCGGGAAAGCCUAUGAUACUCAAAAUUAAAAGAUGUCAAGAUUUUUAAAAGAUAAUAUAUUUCAAUGAAAGCAAAUUGUAGGAAAAAUAUUAUCUGUUUAAAAGGAAUUUUACUAUUUUUUAUGAUUUCAAGCAAGUAUUCUUUUUUAACUGAUAGCUACUUUUAAAUAAAUGUUUAUAUUUCUAAAUAAAAUGUUUAAAUGUGCUUGUAGAGAUUUAUCUAUGUAGGUAAAAUUUGUGCUAACCUGGAAUUAAAUGAAUUCUGAAUAUUGCUUAAUUCAUAUUUCACAAAUAAAAAUAUAGAGCGUCUCACAGGUAAAACUGAGUGUCUUCAAACAUGUGUUAAAUGUAACAGUGAUAUAACUGAAAGUAAGUAUAACAAGUGUUUACAAUUUUCAUUUAUAAGGACAACUUGCACCCAGUGUUGGCCUAAGUAGUCUAUAAAAGCAAACACAGUAUGUAUUGUAAUCGGAUUCAGUGCGGUACCUCCCCAAGGCAGGAAUAAUUGAUCCAGGAAGUAUGGCCGUCACUUGCUCUGAAAAUUAGUAUCGUUUAACAGAACACUUAUAUCCAUGUCUAAAAACUUUUAGCCAGGUUCCUUGGCCAAUAAUUGGUUAGGAAGCAUCAGCCUUAAAAUAUACCAAAAUAUUACUUUUAGGUCUGCACUAUUAGAAAAUUGGGAAAGUUUACACCAAAGAGAAAAAAUUUAAAGAUGUGGAUUCUUACAAAAUAAAAAUAAGAUGGAUGAUACUUUUACUUUUUAGAUCUAGUUUAUAUAUUUUUUCUAUUAAAACCCCAACCCUUUGCAUUCAUCUUUACAACAUCCACUUGAUUUAAAGAACUGUAAGGAUACUGAAGCACUGAAAACAAUCAUUUAAAGAAAACAUCAGAUCUCCCACCUAUGUCAUAACACAGAAAAAAUACUUUUUCUAAAAGAUCAAUCUACAAUGAUUCAAUCAUGACAAAACCAAAUGAUAAACUCUAACUGAAGUUCCCUAAAUAAUCUUCAAAGAAGGUCCCAAGAGCAUUAUAAUAACAUAUUCAAUGUCCUGUGAUCUUUAAUCACUCUUUUAGUAUCCCAUUAAGUGCUAGAAAGGGGUUGCAGCUUGCGAGUCUUACUUAGCCUCAUAAAAGCAUUUUUAUUAGUGAGAUUAGACUCACAAAUAGAGGUCUCUAAGGUAAUCUUCUAACAGAUUUAUUUCAGUAUAAGAGAUUAUGAAGGGGGAAUUCUACACAUACAGCAACAUACAAACACAAUUACCUAAUUUAUGAAUUUACAAAACCCACAAAAGCUAAACCAAUUACAAAUUUCUCAGUAUCACCAUUAGAACAUCUUUUCUAGCACAAACUCUAAAAUUGCUGAUUUGAUUUUACUACUACUGAUUUUGCUAGCUAACAGCAGAGAAAAUUACUUCACGUUCCUUGACAUUAAAUGAGAAACUCUAAAUUCCCUCUUUUCAUUAAGAGUCUGUAUCUUCUGAAUCACUCUGAGCCAAGAAGCUAUAUACAGCAUCACUCCUGGUCUCUUUAGAACUUUCAGAAUUUUAAGACAUACAAAAUAGUACCAGGAUUUUGUCUACAUUCCUUUUGAUUCUACUUAGUUUCAUUUUUCCUGCCUGAAGUAUGAGCUGUUAGAAGUUACAUUCUUCUGAAAGUCAUCUGGAAGUUUCUGUAUUUGCCCUUGAAUGAUAGUCCUUCAUAACAUAUGAGUUUAUUACAUCAAUUUUUCUCGGAACCUGUUCUGUGAUUUUUCCUAGCUUUCAAAGUGAUACAAUUACCUAACAUGCUGCCUGGUACUUAUUUGAAUGGAUAAAUGAAUGAAAGCUCACAAUAAAUUGCCUUAAAUA